UUCCUUUUUUCAAAGUUUAGUUAUUUAUUUACUUUUUGUGGAAUUGGGUUUCAAGCUUCUACUGAGUUCUUGCUCAAGUUUUUUCCUUUUUUGUGAUUCAGCAGCAAUUAAAAUUCCCAGAAGCAUAGUUUAUCUUCAUGAUCUUAUAAGGGAUGCAUUUUCUCAUUUAUACUUAAGGUUUUCGAUUUGAUGUUGGGACACUAAGCACAGAACAAACAAAUAUUUAUAACCUUGUGGCUGAUUAUUAUUGAUCACCAUUUUUGUGACUAUGGCUAUCCUAAUUUGAAUUGGUGGAAAAUGAGGAAUGAAAAUCACUUCACACGUGCUUUGCAAAAUGCGGAAAGGUUGUAAGUGGAGGAAGAAACUCCUUUACAUUACAACCACAAAUCCUGGCCCUCAUUAUUGCACCAAAGCAAGUUGGAAGUGAUUUUUGCCCACUACAAUGAGGAUAAAAGAUUUGAACAUUUCUUCUGUCUAACUCCAUUUCAUUUCCCUCAUUUUCCACAUGCUCAGACAACCAUUGUCCCCAUAUGUUUGGAUUCUCGUUAGAUGAUCCACGUUGAUAUGCUGGCUAAUGUUUGGAUUUACAUCUCCCUUUAACCUAUCUCUUCACCAUGUCAAGUUUGGAGGAACCACUUGGUCUUGACAAAUUGCCAAGUAUGAACACCAUUGAUAGGAUUCAGAGGUUCUCACAUGGAGCUUGCCGUCCCAGGGUAGAUAACUUGGGCAUGGGAAACUGCUGGAUUGAAGGACGAAUUUGCAGCACAUCUAACAGCUGCAAUGAAGAUGAUGAAGAAUAUACAGCAGAGACAUUCCCAUGGAAAAGACAAACAAGAGACUUAUCCCAAGAUAACUCCUUCACUCAGAAGGCUGUGACCAAAGGGAGGAAAUCAAUGAAAUUUGGGAUGACUGAUGAUUCAUUCUCUGAUAGCCAAAGCAGUCCAAAAUGCCAUACCAAAGAUUUGCAAGGUUUGGCAUAUAAGUUUCUGAACUGUAUACCAAAGUUUGUUAAGAUAGUAGAAGUUGGUCCAAGGGAUGGAUUACAAAAUGAGAAGAACAUUGUGCCUACAGAUGUAAAGAUUGAAUUGAUUCAUAGACUAGCUUCUACAGGGUUAUCUGUUAUUGAGGUUACAAGUUUUGUGUCUCCCAAAUGGGUCCCACAGUUGGCUGAUGCAAAGGAUGUAAUGCAAGCAGUAAAUAACUUAGGGAGCAUCAGAAUGCCAGUUCUGACCCCUAAUUUAAAGGGUUUUGAAGCUGCAGUAGCUGCUGGUGCCAGAGAAGUUGCUGUUUUUGCAUCAGCUUCUGAAUCAUUUUCAAAAUCCAACAUUAAUUGUAGUAUUGAAGAAAGUCUUGCUCGUUACCGAGCUGUUAUUCGUGCUGCUAAACAACUCUCAAUUCCUGUUCGAGGGUAUGUAUCAUGUGUUGUUGGAUGCCCUGUAGAAGGACCAAUCCCUCCCUCAAAAGUGGCAUAUGUUGCUAAAGAACUUCAUGAUAUGGGUUGCUUUGAAAUCUCCCUUGGUGACACAAUUGGAGUUGGCACACCAGGAAGUGUAGUUCCUAUGCUUUUGGCUGUGAUGGCUGUUGUUCCAAUAGAGAAACUAGCUGUCCACUUCCAUGACACUUAUGGCCAAUCCCUUCCAAAUAUACUUGUGUCCCUCCAAAUGGGAAUUAGCAUAGUGGAUUCAUCCGUUGGUGGGCUUGGUGGAUGUCCAUAUGCUAAAGGAGCUUCUGGAAAUGUUGCGACUGAAGAUGUUGUGUACAUGUUGAAUGGAAUUGGUGUGAAAACCAAUGUUGAUAUUGGAAAACUUCUGUUAGCUGGUGACUUUAUCAGCAGCUAUUUGGAAAGGCCUUCAACUUCAAAAACUGCCAUUGCCUUGAACCGAGUUACAACUAAUGCCUCCAACAUACCAUCAUGAUUCAUCUUCUUAAAUUUACCUUCAAAGGAAUAUUACAUUAUCACUUCAUCACUGCAUACAUAUAUGAUGUUCCUUUCUUCUUCUGCAUGCUACUACCAGAGGAAUAACAUAUUCACUCUGGAAUCACUUUGGAUGUAUUGAGUAUGGUUAAUCUUUACAGUAAAUAAUUGAAAGUUUAAUUCAAAAGUAGUCUCACAAAUGAGUAAUUUUAUUAUGUAUGAAAUUUUAACAAUUCUAAUUCACAGAUAAUAAGCUAU